CCGGCCGAAGCAAAAGUUCAAUCAGACAAGUUCUUGGACAAUGCAGCCUCUCUACUGUCCCCAGCUCAUUCAAAUCAACGCUAGUGUUCGAAUGAUAGAUCGUCCUCCGCUUGCUCUCAGGGAUACCACGUAUCUCAAUCUCUGAUCACUCGCGUCAGUCAUCGCGCAAAUUUCUGUCCUCGUGCCCCAUGGCUCCCCCGCGUCAACGGACGGCGGCCGUCCAGGACGACUCUCGAUCGGAGGGCUCCAGUACUACCAGAGAACACAAGACUACGAGUGUCAAGUCCCGGAAAGGUGCGAACGGGUCUCUGGUAACAUCUGUCACCAGCCGAGAAGUCAAAGUCUCAGGAAACCUCGCCAAUGUGACCAGUGCCCCCGCUGGGGGAAACGCUGCAGAUGUGCCAAAGAUUCCCUGGAACGAGAUGCCCCUUAGCCUCCUCCACUCGUACCGACACGCCUACAAACUUUCAUCCCCCAGUGCCUUUCCCAGCGAAUACUCUCACCUGCUCCUCUCCAGAGGCAUCGGCCUGCGAUCCCCGACAUCAAUCGCCGCCCAGCGCGCUCAUCUACAUCGCCAAAAUGAAACGACGAACGGCACCUCCCAACCGUCGAGCGGCACGGCCAACGCCUCCACCAGCGCUACGACUGCUGCGAGAAAAGCCCUGCACGGUAAUCCUCCGUCGGCCACCAAUGGUAUCAGUGCCAAACAGAAAGAUCGUCAAAAUCAGAAGAAAGGACCGAAUGAAAUUGACGGGAAGAGCGCUUUGCAUCACAUCAUCGGCCAAGACCGAGUAAGCAAGAACCAACUCGCCUUGUCGGUCCGCAAACACUUCAAUAGUGCUGGUCUUGCAGAGCAGGAGGCCAUUGCUCGGUUUCUGUACAAAGUUCGGGAAGAGGGCAGAGGGCGACAUUUUCGACUGAGGUUUCAACCUUAGAUCGGCAUGACGGCUUUCGCGCCAUACUCUUCCCUUUCAUUCUGCAAAUAGUGCGCUGCGAUUCGAAACGCCCGGUUAUGCCUGCGGCAUACAACCUACUACUCGUCUGGGUGCUUUCGCCUCG